AUGGGUCGUGUCGUUCUCUCAUUGGCUGAUAAUUUCAAGCUCUACCCACCGUACGCUGUCAAUUAUCAGAAAAUUAUCGAGACCUUUGAUGAACUCGUUCAAAAUGAUUCCAAGUUUAGGAGAUUUGUCGAACAUUUUGAGAAAUCUAACGAGAGUAUGGGGUUGAAGUUGAAGCAUUUAUUUAUAGAACCGAUACAACGUUUGCCUAGAUAUGAAUUGCUUCUUAAAGAGUAUAUCUCUUGCUUGGAUGAAUCAAUGGAAGAUUAUAAAUAUGCCAAAGAUGCCUUGGAAAAGAUUGUACAGUUUAACAGGCGUUCAAAUGAAGGAAUAAGACAAGAGGAGAAUGUAUCGAAAGUUAAGCAGAUCAUGACAAUCGUGGUCAACAUUGGCAAUCUUAUGGCACCAGGACGAUCAUACGUAAUGGAAGCAGAUGCUAACAUCAUCCAGCCAAUAACAGGCAAGAUUGUUGCCCGGAAAUUAUAUUUGUUUAACGAUAUGUUAAUCGUCUGCAACAACAAGUCGUCUUAUAAAGACAAAAAAGCGCUUUAUGAGGCUGUACACAAAAUUCCGUUGUCCAUACUUAGGUACAGAGCAGUAGCAGGCAGAUUGUACCUGAUCAGCCCGAUGGCAAUGGUAGAGUUUGUACCAAAGAACACUGAAGAACUUCAAUCUUGGAUUAAGCUGUUUGCCUGUUUUUUGUUUUUUUUACACAAAAUUUCUAAAAAUAACUUAGAGCAAAGUAGGAGCCGGACAAUGAGUGAUCAUGAGGCUUGCCUCGUUAAAGUUAAAAAUAAUGUUCAGUUUUUUGAGUCCGUCAUUGCCGCAAGUAUGAGCAACGAGAACAACGUAGAAGCCAAAGAGCUGUAUGCUUCUAAUUUGAAGCGCAACAUAGAGAAGUUGAAACUGAUGAAGUUUCAGUUUGAUAACAACAGCAACGAUGUCUGUGCAAAUAAAAAUAGUAAAAAUAAUUGUAAUAAUAAUGGUUUCACUGAAAGAAAAAUCACUUGUGGUAAUGUCACAGCGUUAAAUGAAGGUCCUUCAAAAUCUAGCAAUAAUAAAAUUAAUUUCCCUAAUUUUUCUUCUUAUUCUACUAAAAACUCUAUCUUAGUCCUCCCAACUACUGCUACCGCUAAUGAUGACAACCCAAAUAUAGAAACUGUAUCGUCGCCCAGUGUAGCUGUCUUGAAAGCCAAACUUGAAUCACAUCAAAGCUUUCAAGAUUCAUUAUUAUAUUCUUCAUUAACGGUGCCAAGAAAAAGACUAGACAGAAAUGCCAACAACAACAACGGCGGCAGCAACUUGGUUUUGAGGGAAUCUUCCAUGUACAACUCUUCAGCUGGAAUCGUUAGAAAAGGACAUUUCAUAAAAGAAAUCAGUGAAGAUGACAUUAACAUCAACGACGUCAAUGACAUCAACAACAGUAAAGAUGUCAGCACCACUACUAGUACUACUACUACUUUGGCUAAUUCUGAUCAGAUGAAAAUUAACAAAAUGGAUAAAAAAGCUGCAAAACUUGACAAAGUUCAACAAGAGUUUGUCCAUACAGAAACUAGAUAUGUUAAGCGAUUAGCUGCCUUGUGUGAAAACUUUCAGAAGCAAGUGAUAGCAUACAACACGACAGCCCUACCAUACCAAUACGCUCCUCUUGAUAAACUCUUUCCAGAUAUUACUAAAAUUUAUAAAUUUCAUGUCAACAAAUUGCUACCUGGUCUUAAAGAAUCCACACGACUCUUUUUGCCACACUACACGACAACACACAGUCUUCCCAAGAAACUUCUGGGUCAACUUUUCGUUGAUUUGGAGUUUGAUUUCCAAGUAUACGAGCACUACCCAGCCGCUUACAAGGAGUGCCUGAGUGUCCUUGAGAAGUGUGUGACGCAUUAUCAAGGAUUCGCGCCCGUCGUCUUCGACUUUGAGGAGAGAUUAGAAAUAAGUGAGGGUUUGAAAUUGAAGUACUUCUUCAUUGAACCGAUACAGAGAUUGCCCAGAUAUGAGCUACUAUUAAAAGUUGCUCUAAACCUAAUAAAACAACUGAAUCUUUUAUGGAAUGCUAACAUUAAGAAACAAGAGAAUUACUUCAAGAUGAAAGAGAUAGAGGAUAAGAUAGUGGACAGUAUCGAUCUGAUAAGCAGCCCCAGGGAGAUUGUGAAGGAGGGUGUCGUUGACGUCAUCCAGCCGACCGGCAUCCAGGAAAAGUAUAUCUAUUUGGUUGGUUUUUUCAAUGCAUGA